AUAUUAUUCUCCUACAAAAGUUUCACAUUCGCCCUCCAAAAACAUCUCUCUCUGUCUCACACACACACAAAGAGAAAUUAAUGGCGGAUUCGGAUAACGAGUCGGGCGAACAGCCACGGGAGCAGGACCGGUUCCUGCCGAUCGCGAACGUGAGCAGAAUCAUGAAAAGAGCGCUGCCCGCAAACGCGAAGAUAUCGAAAGACGCGAAGGAGACGGUGCAGGAGUGCGUGUCGGAGUUCAUUAGCUUCAUCACGGGAGAAGCCUCCGACAAGUGCCAGCGCGAGAAGCGGAAGACCAUCAACGGCGACGAUCUGCUGUGGGGCAUGACCACCCUCGGAUUCGAGAACUACGUCGACCCGCUCAAGGUGUACCUCCACAAGUUCAGAGACGUCGAGGAGGAGAAGAGCUCCAUGGCCGGAAUUAGAAGAGACAAGGAUAGCUCUGCCACCGAACCCGACAAUAUGUUCAAUACCUACCAUGGGCUCUACGGAUUGAAUGGGCCUCCCUACGGGUAUGCCUCUGGAAAGGCGGGUCCCGGUUACCAUGUCGGAGCUGGCUCCGGUGGGCGGUAGCUCAUUGAUUAAGGAUUAAUCAGUUUAUUUAAGUCUUGAUGAUUAAGCUAGGUGUUGUUGGUGAUUCGGACUUUUUUAUAAUUAUGUGAAAGUUUAACUUGGAAAAAUAUUUGUGUGUUAUCUAGGAUUUGUUUAAUUUAGUCGGUCAAAUUUUUUAAAAAUAAAUUAUGCCACCAUGUAUAUUUUCAUUCUUAAUGUUUUUUUCUCUUGUCGUAA